AUGAAGCACUUGCGGUAUCUUAAUCUAUCUCGAACUAAAAUUAUCCAUUUACCAGAAAAUGUCUGCAAUCUUUAUAAUCUACAGACACUGAUCGUUUCUGGCUGUCAUGAAUUGAUUAAGUUGCCGGAGAGCUUCUCCAAGCUUAAAAAUUUGCAGCAUUUUGACAUGAGGGGUAGUUUCAGGUUGAAGAAGAUGCCCUUAGGGAUUGGUGAGUUGAAAAGUCUUCAAACUCUCUUCACUGACAUUGGCUUAGCAAUAACCGAGCUUACAAAAUUGCAAAGUCUCCAUGGAAAAGUUUGUAUUGUGGGGCUCAGCAAUGUGCAGAAUGCAAUGGAUGCACGUGCGGUGAACUUAUCGCGAAUGAGGUUUAGUGAGUUAGAGUUGAAUUGGGGUUCUGAGUUUAAUUCUCUUCGAACGGAAACACAUGAAAGGGAGGUCCUCAAUGAGCUGAAGCCUCAUAAUAAUACUUUGAAAAAGCUUGAAAUCGUGUCAUAUAGGGGUAUAGAGUUUCCAAAUUGGGUUGGGGAUCCCUCGUUUCUUCGGUUGACUAAAGUGUCGAUUGAUGACUGUGAAGAAUGUACAUCUCUACCAAGACUUGGGCAACUACCAUCACUGAGGAAGCUGAUUAUUGGUUGGAUGAGUAAGGUUAAGGUUGUAGGUUUGGAGUUUCUUCGGACCGGCCUUGCAUUUCCUUCGCUUGAAAUCCUACGGUUUUCUAGUAUGUCAGGGUGGGAGGAAUGGUCAACAAAUAGUGGGGCGUUUCCUUGCCUUCAAGAGAUUCGUAUUGAAGAUUGUCCUAAUCUGGUUCGGGUCUCCCUCGAAGCACUACCUUCACUCAGGGUUGUGAAACUAAUAAAAUGUGAUCAUGGUUUAUUGAAAAGCCUGGUCGAUGCAGCUUCAUCAAUCGCCAAGUUGAAAAUAGAUGAUAUUUCAGGACUUACCGAUGAACUGUGGAGAGGUGUGACAGGGUAUCUUGGCGCAUUUGAAUACGUAAGCAUCAAACGGUGUAACGACAUAAGAUACUUGUGGGGAUCAGAAGCAGAGGCAAGUAUGGUUCUUAUGAAUUUAAAAAUGUUGGAUUUAAGAGAAUGUAAAAUUUUGGUGAGUUUAGGGGAGAAAGAGGAGGAUAUUAUUAAUAGUGGGAGCAACCUAACAUCUUUUAGGAUCUUGAAAGUAUCGGAUUGUAACAGCUUGGAGCAUUGCAGUUGUCCAAAUAGCAUGGAGGAUUUGGAUAUUGGAAGUUGUGAUUCAAUUACAUCCGUCUCCUUCCCAACAGGAGGAAUGCAAAAGCUCAGGUUGACAAUAAUAGAGUGUUCAAGUAUGGAGUCAUUUCCUGACCAUGAGUUGCCGAAUCUCACCUCUUUAACAUAUCUGGAUAUACAAAAGUGUACAAGUACGGAUGCAUCUUUUCCUCGUGGGCUUUGGCCUCUAAAAUUGACUUGCCUUGAAAUAGGAGGGUUGAAGAAGCCCAUCUCAGAGUGGGGCCCACAGAAUUUUCCAACCUCACUUGUUGACCUAAGAUUAUAUGGCGGACCAUAUGAUGACAUUAGAAGUUUUGGUGAAUUGUUGCAUCUUCUUCCUUCAUCCCUUACUGAUUUUGUUAUAGAUGGAUUUGAGAAACUGGAAUCAGUUUCAAGUGGACUGCAACACCUCACCUCCCUCCAACGUCUCAUCAUUCAGAACUGCCCAAAGACGACAGAUCUACCAGAAAACUUGUUGCCUUUGCUUCUGGUAUUGUGGAUUGAAGGAUGCCCAAAUCUGAAAGAAAGGAUUAGUAGAGGAGGCAUCUAUUGGCCCCACGUCUCCCUUAUCCCUUGCUUGCGGAUAGACCGAAUUUUACCAAAUGAAAUAUGA